AUGUCACUAUCACCACCAACAUAUUGCCUAUCUGUAGUGAGCUUAUAUCCUUUAUCCGGUAAAUCAUCAUUAUGUGAACGUUUAAUUGAUUCAAAUAUUGAUAAUUAUCAGUUAUUUUUAUCAAAUAAUAAUAAUCAUCAUCAACAUUCUUCAUGGUAUUAUUGGGGUUCAAUAAAACAUCGACGUUUAGAUGAACAACGUGAAGGUAUAUUUCAUCUAGUUGAACAUUCAUCAAUAUCUACUGACAUAAAUGAAUCAAUUGAUAAUUAUUUAAAACGUAUAUCAACAUUAACAAUACGUAUUGAAGAAAAAUUAAAUUUAGAAAAAAGAAAUUUUCUAAAAGACAAAAUAAAUGUCAAUGGAUUUUUAUGCAUAUAUGAUUUAUCAUCUAGUAAACCAAUAUCAGAUUUUUUAAUUCUUCUUCAUGCUUUAUUAAAAACUCGUCGUUCAAUUCUAAUUGUAACAACUAAAAAUGAUUUAAUUAAUAAUCAGUCAAUUUUAUCUAUUGAAUUUGAACAAUCUAUUCAUUAUUCAUUACCAAAUAUACCUAUUAUACAUACAUCAGCACAUGAACAUGUUAAUAUACAAUCCGUACUUGAACUUGCUUUAUAUGCAUGUGAUGAAACAACAAAAAAAUCUUUUCAUAAAAAAUAUAUCCCGCCUAAUUAUAUAGAUGCAUAUAAAAAUGAACAAUCAUUAAAACAUAUUAUACAAACUGAAUAUCGAGGAUUGUUAAAUCGGCAUGUUCCUGAUUUUCGUAUUGGCUCGUGGGAAAAAUUUUAUGAUCGAUGGCAAAAUCAUACAAGUGUACAAACAUUUAUUGAUAUGUUCGGUAAACAACAAGCAAAUUGUUUGUAUGAUGAACACAUAGAAGAAUUAAGAAAAGCAUUGAGACAAAAAUUAAUUGAUGAAAGAUUAAUUCCAAUUAUUGAAAUGCUUAUAGGAGAUCAAAAAUCGAAAAUAUCAAGGUAA